UCAACCCAACUAGAGUUUAUGUGACGCCGGGCCCGCAACUUGCUUUGGCCAGCAACUAUCUUUCUUUCCCUAUCACUUCGCCUUCUUUCCUUUGUCCCUGCCCCUGCGCCCCGGUCGGACAUUGUCCAUAGGGGCUCUAAUUCUCGUCCGUCACCUUUUCCGUCACCACCCUGGAAGCCGCAUCAGCACGAAUGGCAGCUAGGGACCGCUUUGGUGCCUACGCUGACCUAGGCCUAACUCCGCUGCAACGAGCUAUUCGUCAUGCUUGCGAUAUCUCUCACUACGAACCCAAUCUUGCCCUGAACCUCGAAGUCGCGGACUUGAUCAACUCCAAGAAAGGCAAUGCUCCCCGUGAAGCAGCACUGGAGAUUGUCCGUCUAAUCAACUCCCGGAACCAAAAUGUCUCCUUACUGGCGUUGGCUCUCCUUGACAUCUGUGUUAAGAAUUGCGGAUACCCUUUCCACCUUCAAAUCAGCACCAAGGAGUUUCUGAAUGAGCUCGUCCGACGGUUUCCCGAGAGGCCGGCGUUGCGCCCCUCGAGAGUUCAACAUCGUAUUCUGGAGUCGAUUGAGGAAUGGAGGCAGACUAUCUGUCAGACGUCGAGAUACAAGGAGGAUUUGGGACAUAUUCGGGACAUGCACCGCCUUCUGCUCUAUAAGGGCUACGUCUUCCCUGAAAUUCGAAACGAGGAUGCUGCAGUUCUGAAUCCCAGUGACAAUCUUCGCUCCGCUGAGGAGAUGGAGGAAGAAGAGAGAGAGGCUCAGUCGGCGAAGCUCCAGGAAUUAAUUCGUCGAGGCACACCGGCAGAUUUACAAGAAGCGAACCGAUUGAUGAAGGUGAUGGCCGGAUAUGACAAUCGACACAAAACCGACUACCGGGCUAAGGCGGCAGAGGAGGUCGCUAAAGUGCAACAGAAGGCCAAGAUCCUGGAGGAGAUGUUACAGAGCCAGCAGCCAGGAGAACGAAUUGCAGAAGGUGAUGUGUUCGAGGAGCUUGCCAAUGCUUUACAAAGUGCCCACCCUAAGAUUCAGAAAAUGUGCGAGGAGGAGUCCGACGAUCCAGAGGCUGUUCACAAAUUGUUGGAAAUCAACGACAGCAUACACCGCACCAUUGAACGGUACAAACUUGUCAAGAAGGGCGAUUUGGAGGCUGCAUCGAAGAUUCCAAAGGGCACUCUAGGAACAACGACCGGUGUUUCGAAAAACGCGAACAAUGAAUUGUCCCUCAUCGAUUUCGAUCCAGAGCCGAGCUCAAACGGCAAUGCCUCGCAACCGGCGGGCGGCAGUUCUCUCGAGAAUGAUCUACUUGGCCUCUCAAUAGACGAACCAGCCCCCACUGGAGGCAUCUCCCUAGGACCUGGACCUGGACCUGUGACCCCAAUACCUUCUUCUACACCUCCCGUACAGCAGGCCCCUUCGGCAUUCAAACCCAAUUAUGAUAUCCUAUCUUCGUUGAAUUCAUCCCGCCCUGCAUCUCAAUCAUCUUCGCCUGCACCCGCAGCGAUGCGGCCACAGAGCACCACAGCUACUCCACCUCCGUCCGACCCUUUCGCCUCGCUGGUAUCUGCCAGCUCCCGACACCCAAGUCCGUUCCCUUCGGGAGUCUCCAGUCAACAGCCCGCAUCAGCUGGGCCUUCCCUCCUCGAUCUGGCAGGAGCCAGUUCGUCGCAGCCCCCAGCUGGCAACACGAAAGCGGCCGAGGAGGACGAGUGGGAUUUCACGUCCUCUCUCCCAGAAAGUAACACUCUCCCAACCACGAAUCGUGUGCAGGUGUUGAACUCGUCGUUGCGGGUGGAAUUCGUGGCGCGGCGGCAACCCCAGCAGGCCCGGCAGAUUCACAUGGUGGCCUUGUUUUCCAAUGGCACCAACCAGCCACUAAGCGAGUUGCAUUUCCAAGUUGCUGUGGAGAAGGCAUACAAUUUGCAGCUUCGGCCCCAAUCAGGGCGAGAUAUUGCACCUCUCCAGGUGAACGGAGUCCAGCAGGAAAUGUUGGUGAGUGGCGUGGAAUCGGGCAAGGGUAAUUCGAUUAAGAUGCGGUUCAAGGUUUCGUACCGGGUGGGCAACGAACAAAAGGAGGAACAGGGAAUGGUGCCUUCGUUGGGAAUUGCUUAGAGAGAGAAUACAUUCGAGAGGUGAGGGCGAACUUGGUUCGUUUCUCCUUAGUUCUGUCCGUGUUGUUCAGUUCUCCAGCCUACAUUCUUGUCUAUACCUGACCAACUUUCU